UGGUUGAGUCAGUCGAGUCUGGAACCUGGACGGGACAACAACGGAAACCUUAAAUUCGAACGUAAUUCGGAAGGAAUUCUAGCAAAGUGACUAUCAGUAUCGGUGGCUUAUACUAUAUAUCCUCAAAAAAAAAAUAAUAUAAAUCGGAAACGGAAUAUGGCCAAGUGGCUCCUGAGCCUGUGGCUGGCGGUUCUGCUGGUGGAUCGACCCGGGGCCUCAGCUUAUCAAUCAAACAGCAACUACCAAAGUGCCGGGCAGCAGUCCGGGCAAGUUGGGUUAUCAGCCGGGCACGGCCAGUCCAUCUACCAGCGCGAUUCCGCCUGUCCACCUCAAUAUACGGGAGUGCUGGCAUAUCCCCAUGACUGCCACCGCUAUAUCAACUGCUACAAUGGCAGUCCCACUAUCCAAACCUGCGCUCCAGGAACACUUUUUAAUGGAAAGAUCCUCGAGUGCGAUCAUCCAAACAACGUCGAAUGCUUUGUUUCGGGAGGAGGAGCCGGAAAAACGGAAUCCACUCGUUUGGGGAGACUUCAGCAGUUAAACGGGGAGCCAAAAUGUCCGGCGGGUAUAAAUGGAUUACAACCCCAUCCCACGGACUGCACCAAGUUCCUGAACUGCGCCAACGGACAAACCUUUAUUCAGGACUGUGGACCGGGCACGGCCUUCGAUCCGAAACUCUUGCUGUGCGCACACAAGGGCUCCGUGGACUGUGGAUCUGGAGGAGCUCAACCCUAUGCCAAUGGCAACGGCUACUCUCCUGCCUCGGAGGAACUGGGCUGUCCAACCGGCUAUCGUGGCUUACGUUCGCAUCCCCACGAUCCCCACAAGUAUCUGCGCUGCGGUAUCGGUGUUCAGCCCCAAGUAGAGCCGUGUCCUCAGGGACAGAUCUUUGAUGGCUUCAGUUUGGUAUGUGUUUUUUCAGGCCCCUCCCAGACCUCCUCCAACGCCUUGACCUCAGCCGGAGCUCAGGCCAACAAUCUUCUGUGUCCUGUGGGGGCAGUUGGCCUGUUCGCUUACCCCUUCGAUCAGACCAAGUUCCUUCAUUGCAAGGACGGCAAGUUGGCCAUUCAGAGCUGCCAGCCUAGCUUUGUGUUCAGUAUAUCGAGAGGGUACUGUCACUUAAAGACGCAAUUACUUCAAAGCGAUUAUGUGACUUUGAUUAUAACACAGAUUGGCUUCGACUACUCCCUGAGCUUAAAUACUUGCCCUGCCAGCAUCUAUGGCUUGCACCUGUAUCCCUACGAUGCUGGGAAGUACCUUAAAUGCUCAGAUGAUGGACAAUUGUCCAUUCUCAACUGUGCCCCCCAAACUGCCUUCAGCCUGUCUCAGAAAUCUUGUCUCCCGCGCCUACAAAUCGGCAGAGGCGAUCGUGUCAAGUUCUGGGAAGAAAUUCAGGUUGAAACCACGUAUUUCAAUGAAGGCGCACAAAGUCAAAAUCAAAUAACAAAUCAGUUGUUUGCUCUUAAGUCGUGUCCGGCCAAACUGCAGGGCAACUACCCGUAUCCCUUCCAUGCGGGUCACUUCAUAAAAUGCCUCAAUGGAGUCCUGGAGGUAGUGUGUUGUCCUUCUGGAACGCUUUAUAGUCUUUCGAAACGCCAGUGCGUAGCUCGGCACCUUCUCUCCGCACAUGAUUAUUUGGAUUACUCCUACAUCAGUGUCCAGUUUUCGACUGAGUUCCUGGUGGAUGUGUCGACCGUGACUUGUCCUCCUGAUAGUAAGGGACUGUACUUACAUCCCUUCGACUGCACGCGGUAUGUCAGGUGCUCGAAUCAGCAGACAUACAUCGAAGAGUGUCCCCAAGGAGAGGUCUUCAGAAUAUCCCAGCAACGAUGUGAGCCCAAGGAACAAGUAAUAGAACCCUAUGAUCUUGUGUCUUAUUACUUCGAGACGACUAUUGUCCAGAGUGUUGCUGUAGAAGGAAAUCGAGGACAUGGCAAGAGCCUAGAUGGGGAAGGAGACAUUAAAUGUCCUCCAGCCGCUAGUGGACUCCAUGCUCAUCCAUUCGAUUGCACCAAGUUUUUGGAGUGUGCAAAUGGACAAACCUUCAUUAAAAAUUGUGGACCAGGCACUGCUUUCAGCACGGCUAUCGGGAACUGCGAUUUUGCCAACAAAGUUGAUUGCACGGGCAGGAGCUUCGCAACAGGCCCCACUCCAGUGGCACAUCCUCCGGUUCAUCAAAGUCCUCCAACAAAUCCCAAUUAUGAGACGUUCAAUAACCCAUCCCCAGCCGCCCAGCAGCACUCGUCAGAUCUUCUCUGUCCUGUGGGAGUUGAUGGGUAUUUCAUUCAUCCCUUCGAUCAGACUAGUUUCCUCAAUUGUAAGGCAGCCAAGUUGGCUGUUCAAAGGUGUAAUCCCGGCUAUGUAUUCAGCAUAUCGAGGGCCACCUGUCAGCCAAAGGAUCAAUUGGUAUACUCCGACUACGUUACGUACAUAGUCUCCCAAAUUAGCAUCGAACAGACCAUGAUCCUUUCUGCCUGCCCGGAUGGUACGGACGGCCUUCAUCUGUAUCCCUACGAUGCUGCCAAAUAUGUCAAGUGUACCGCUGGGAAACUGUCUGUUCUGCCCUGUGACUCCCAAAUGGCCUUCAGUUUGAGCCAAAAAGGUUGUAGACCGGCGCGCCAAGUGGCUCUUGGGGAUCGGGUCAAGUUCUGGGCAGAGCUGCAAACUACGACGACUACAACCUACACGUACAAGGAUACCCAAGACCAUCAGUCUGCGAUCAGGGGCUGUCCAGCCAAUCUGCAGGGCAACUAUCCAUAUCCCUUCCAUGCCGGCCACUAUGUGAAUUGCCAGAAUGGACUUCUGCAGGUCGUUUGCUGUCCAGUUUCCGAACUGUACAGUUUGUCCAAGCGCCAGUGUGUGGCCAGGCAUCUCCUCUCCGCCCAUGACUACUUGGACCAUGCCUAUAUCAGUGUUCAGUUCUCGACUGACUUUAUGCAGGAUCUCACCACAUUAACCUGUCCUCCCAACGCUAAGGGCUACUAUCUCCAUCCGUUUGAUUGCACCAAGUAUCUGAUUUGUUGGGAUGGACAAACACAAACUGGUAGCUGCGAUCAGGGCCAGGUUUUCAGCAUAUCCCAACAGAAGUGCGUGCCCAGGGAUCAGGUUACAGAAUCCUACGAUCGCGUGGAGUACCUGAGUGGAACGCAGCACGAGUUGAGCCAGGAAGCAGAUGAGAAUGAAGAAUAUGGCCAGGGUAGAGCUUUAUCGCCCGACCAUCAACAUGGAGGAUAUCAGCCCACGGGGCCGCCAGCUGAAGCUUUACAGUCCAACGGAGGAUACCCCACACAAAAUUAUCCCAGUUCCCAAGGAGGUUACCAAUAUCCGGGCCCUCAAUCGUCUGGCGGUUACCCGGGAGGUUCUUCUCAAUUACCUACAGGCGUCAAAGGUGGCUAUUCUCAAUAUCCAGGGGCUUACCCAAGCGGUGGCUCUCCAUAUUCGGGAGCCCAUACUGGAGGUAGCCCUCAAACUUCUAGUAGCUACCAAGGAGGUGCUUCUUCAUACCCAGGAGGACCUUCGGGAGCUCAUCAAGGCGGACAUUCUCAAUACCCAGGGGACAGCCGAGGAGUUAAUUCUCCAACUUUCCAACAUACUGCAGCCUACCAUGGAGGGUCUCCUCAAACUGGUAAAGGCUAUCAAGAAAGUUCUUCUCAAUAUUUGGGAGGCUACCAAGGAGGUUCUUCACCAUCUUCAGGAGGUUAUGGCGGUGAUUCGCACUAUUCUGGACCGUACUAUGGUAGCAGCUCUCAAACUCCUGGGGCCUAUCCAGGAGUUCCCUCUCAUUCAACCGGAGGCUACCAAGGAAGCAACUCUCCAUCAUCCGGAGGCUACCAAGGAAGCAACUCUCAAUCAACAGGAGGCUAUCAAGGAAGCACCUCUCCAACGUCUGGAGGUUACCAAGGAAGUAGCUCCCAAACUCUUGGAGGUUAUCAAGGAAACUACCAAUCUCAAGGAGGGCAAAUAUAUCAGCCGCCAGCUCAAGUUAAGGGAGGAUAUCAGCCUCCGCAAGCGGCUGGAGGAUACCAACAGAUUUCGCAAUCCGGUGGAGCAUCUUAUGCUAAUAAUGGGCCAGGCUCCCCCUUCUAUUAUCAAGCGCCUCCUACACCCUUGAUGUGCCCGGAACGCGUGAGCGGACUAUUUCCAAAUCCCUUUGAUGCCAAGAGCUAUCUGACCUGCAUCGAGGGUCAUACUCUGGUAAGGAAGUGUGAUGCUCUGGAUGUGUUUAGUGUCUCGAAAGGAUACUGCCUGCCAGAGCAGCAUGUUGCCUCGACCGAUCGCAUUCCGUUCGUGAAGAAAGAAAAUGAGCAGGAGACAAUGGUUAGCUGUCCGAACGUGGGUUUCUUUGUUUACCCCUUCGACUGCUCCCAGUUUCUCAGCUGCAGUACUACUGGGAUGAUCCUGAAGCGUUGCUCUCCGGAAGAGCAUUUCAGUCUUUCACAGGGAGUUUGCCUUCCCAAGGGUCAGGUGCAGCGAACAGAUCGCCUGUAUACGCUUGAGGAGCUCUACAUCGUCUACGACUGGACGCAGAAGAUGAAGCUUGAGAGCGCCGUACCCGCAUGUCCAGAAGGAAUCACUGGAACUCUGCCCCAUCCCCGGACUCCCAGCAAAUACCUUCACUGCGAGCCUGGUCGGGCGGAGAUCUUUGACUGUCCCAGCCAGCAGGUUUUCAGUGUUUCGCGGAGGUUGUGCGUGCUGGACGAUAAACUGGCCAGCUACGAUCGCUCCGACUAUCUGGUCCGGGGGGAAGAGGCUAUCGGUUGGACAGAUCCCACUAAUGACAAUCGCCAGUCCAAGUCGUACGAGACGCCUGGCCGGGAUCAGUUCGGAAAUCGCUACACGACUCGUACUACGACCACAACCAGGGUUAUCGGCGAGGGCGAUCGCUGGAGGGACAUGAACAUGCAGCGACCAUCUGGCAUUGGUUUGGAGCAGAAUCCACAUUACCAGAACCCGCAGGAAGUUGGCUGGUCAGGCCAGGAGACCUCCUAUUCCCGCCGUGAUCCGUCCCAGAACGUCCUCUAUGUUGAGGGCUCUUUGCAGCCGAAUCGUAAUUAUCCUACCUAUAAGACACCACUAGCACCAAUGGCACCUGUCGAUCCCGGAAAAGUAUACUACGCUCAGCCUGUUCCGAAGAACGAACCGGAGCAACCUCCGCUUCCGUCGCGUCAGAACUUUAGUCGCAGAAUCGAUUACGGCUCGCCAGGAAACGGCUGGCAACCGAUGCCGCCACUUGCUCCUCUCGGUGGCCAGAAACCUUUAAGCCUUGACUACAAUCCCAAUUCCCCUGGGGCUAGGGAACCACACAAUCAAACUCCCUCAAUCGGACAGAAACCUCUCGACUGGGACUACGAUGAACCGCAGACGCCUUUUGACGAGCCAACGCCAUAUUCGGGAAAGGCUCCUACACCUCCUCCUGGAUCACCUCCGCGAUAUUAUCCAGAUCAGUCGCCUAGAGGCUCCCAGCCUCAAUCUAAGUGGCAGCCUUACAACCCAAACCCCACUCCUGCCAAGCCCUUAGAUCACCCUAGUAGUCCUACAGAUUCAAAAAAUCCUUCCCACCCUGUGGAGGAAUCAAAUCUCUACGGUGGUCUGCUGCCGCCCAGGGCGCCUCCUUCCACACCCACUACUACCAGUACCACCACACCCUUGCCCAAGUUAGGUAAUCGAUUAUACACGUACCCCAUUUAUCCGGCAGUGGAUAAGAAUGCCCCACAAUCUCCCAGUCAGCCUCACUAUAGUCCUUCCUAUGCAGGUAUUGCUCAUUCCAGAAACGCUUCUUGGGCUAAAGUUCCCACAACAAGCACCACCCCCUCUCCGCCUUUAGAUCCUUUUAAUCCCGAAGAUGAUGUCAUUUAUGACGACGACGACUUCACAACCACAACCACUGAGAGACAAUCUCCUCCGUUCAAUCAUCAAUUGAACCGUCCGCAAACCCCUCCAAAAUCAAAUCCAUCAGUGUAUGGAGCAGAUCCCAAUUCCCAAUCGGCGAUGAAGGAGGCUCUGAAGCUAAUGCUUCGCCCCUACUUCAAUCACAGCGGCAAUGCUGAAGACAAGCUGGCCAAGCAGGCCGAAUCAGCCUUAGCUUCUGCCAUCAGUAGACCCCCAACUGACACUACUUCCACCACGACAACCACAACUACGACCAAACGCCCCACAACCACACCCAGAACAGAUCCGGACGAAGACGUUGAACUUAUUAAAGCCGGGGAGCAGGAGAGCCUGGACUCCACUGAAGAUGACUAUGUUUUUCCAGAUGUCAGGGAGACGGCCCGCACCGAGCAGACCAUUAAACCCAGUACUACCUACUCCUCGGUAAACUAUCACCGGAGCACCCGCAAGGCGGAGGUUGACAAGAACCCGACCACCCCCAAAACGACAACAACGACAACCACAAUGAAACACAAUUGGCAUGCGUCCGGUCACAAUCGUGACUACCACCGGCGCCAUCCAAAUCUUCCCGAUCCGUUCUCGAAGCCCCACCAAAAUCCUUUUUCCCACAACCACCACCAUCCCCAUCACCAUGAGCACAGUGCCGAUUUCCAUCGUCGUCAUCCAGAGCUUCCGAAUCCUUUUCCUGUAAAGGAUGAAGCCCCCACCCAGGAAGACGACUGGGAGCUGUAUCAGAACCCCAAUGCAGAGGAAGUUACUCCCAAGAUUGGUUCGCGCUCCAAUGUGAUUGACGAGUGCGAGUUCGAUUGCGGAAACAGAAAGUGCCUGAGGAAGGAGCAGGUCUGCAAUGGCCAUAAAGAUUGCCCCCAUGGCAAGGAUGAAUCUAAUUGUCCUCCGAAGGACUACGAGGUUAGACUGACUGGUGGAGAGGGUCCGCAUAUGGGCCGGAUCGAAGUCAAGGCCAACGGCCAGUGGGGCUUUGUUUGCGAUGACAAGUUUGGCCUUAAGGACGCGGAUGUUGUCUGCCGGGAACUGGGCUUUAAGAUGGGUGCCCUGGAAGUUCGUGGAAACUCUUUCUACGCCCCUAGCAGCCAGGACUUCAACUAUCUGAUGGAUGAGAUCGAAUGCCAGGGCAACGAAACAAGCCUCAAGGAUUGCAGCUUCAAGGGCUGGGGAGUUCACAACUGUGGCGUCGACGAGGUGGCCGGAGUCAUCUGCAAGGUUCCGGCAAUGAAAUGUCCCAACAACUAUUGGCUCUGCCACGCCUCCAAGGAGUGCAUCCCGCCCGCCUUUGUUUGCGAUAAUACAGUGGACUGUGCCGACAAGUCUGAUGAGUGCGAUGCUGUUUGCAAGUCUUCCAUUCAAUACCGUUUGGAGGGAGGUCGCAGUUCCAAUGAAGGCCGCCUGGAGGUCAAGUACCAUGGCGUUUGGGGCAGUGUGUGCGAUGAUGACUUUAAUGUGAAGAAUGCCCAGGUUGCUUGCAACUCUAUGGGCUACUAUGGCCCAGCGAAAAUUGAGAAAAACAUAUUUGGCAAUGGCAAUGGACCCAUUUGGUUGGACCAGGUGAUGUGCUACGGCAACGAAACCUCCAUCGACAAGUGCAAUCACUGGAACUGGGGUGAACACAAUUGCAACCACACCGAAGAUGUGGCCUUGCAUUGCACUGCUGGACCUCCGCCACGAUCCCAGAAUCUCUACCAAAACCCCAUCAAGGGUGGGAAGCAGGAUUUGAGUUCAUUCUCCCAGAUCGGCCUUUGGGAGAGAUCCAGCAAGGCGCUGCAUACCCCGCGACGAUGUGGAAUCUUCAAGGACGACCUGGUCGAUGAGUACGCCCAUCAUGAGGAGGAGCGCGUGGUGAAGGGCCACGCAGCUCAAAGGGGCCGUCAUCCCUGGCAGGCCACCAUUAGGACUCGCGGACGAGGUCACAUCUCCAGUCACUGGUGCGGCGCUGUGGUGAUCUCCAAGCGCCACCUCCUGACUGCUGCCCAUUGUCUCUACGGAAAUAAGAAGGGCGCCUACUUUGUGCGCGUGGGUGAUCAUUAUGCCAACAUUGCCGAGUCCUCCGAGGUGGACACGUUCAUCGAGCACUGGUACAUCCAUGAGAAGUUCCGGGACGGUUCUCGCAUGAACAACGACAUUGCCCUGGUAGUGCUCAAGACUCCCCUGAGAUUCAGUGACUACGUGCAGCCCAUCUGCCUGCCGGAUAAGAACGAAAAGCUAGUCGAGAGUCGUAUGUGUACGAUUUCUGGCUGGGGCUCCAUUAAGUCUGGUAUUUCUACCCCUUCUCAAGUUUUGAGCUCAGCUGACCUGCCCAUUCUGGCCGACCAUGUGUGCCAACAAUCGAAUGUCUACGGCUCAGCCAUGACAGAAGGCAUGUUCUGUGCCGGUUCCAUGGACGAGAGUGCGGAUGCCUGUGAGGGUGAUUCAGGUGGUCCUCUGGUUUGUGCAAAUAAUGAUGGGGAGACCCUUUAUGGCAUCAUAUCGUGGGGUCACCAUUGCGGCUACAAGAACCGACCAGGUGUUUAUGUUCGGGUCAACCACUAUAUCGAUUGGAUCUACGAGAAAAUCAACGAAAGCCUGCAGCGUCUCUAAAGGAUUUUAGUUCCUCAUCAAACAUGACCUACUUAAUAGACAGUUUCUAUUAGAAAUGUAUAAUUUUUAAGAAAUAUUUUCAAACAUAAAGUAAAGUACAUUUUUA